AAUAAUGAUAAAAUUAUAAUACCAAAUUGAACAGUACUGCAUAAAAAACAAAAUAAUAUAACAACUGACAGCAGAAAAAAGUCGUCGUUCUUUUUAUCCAGUCAUGCCGACCGGCUCAAGCAUAUUUGGCCCGUAUCUGAGGACUAGCAAACCAAGGAACAUGUCUAGCUCCACCCCAGAAGACUUCCGCUGCUUGAAAUCUGAAGUGUUCAAUUGUAUGAUACACAUCCUGAGCAACAAUCCGGUUGUACAACAACUAUUCGUUAAAUGGUCCGAACUAUCGUCCAAACAGCGGACAUACUUCGAUAUGGUCCUGUACAAAGUACUGCCAAAAAACAGCCUAUUCACGGCGAUUAUGAGCGCAUUUUUAUGUUGGGAUAUGGUCCAGGAUGUUGAAGGAGCUGUCGGUUAUCAAAGUGACUAUCAGCAGGACUACGCUUUCAGUCCCGAAGAGGAGGACAUGAUGUCUGAAUGUCUGGCAAUAAUUAAAUGCGCCACGAACGUUAUUAAAAUGAAGGUGCCCCUUUGCGUGGAAAUUGAGAAUUUUUCGAAAACUUCUUUAAAAAUUCACCAGCCGAAUAGUGGAGGUGAUAACAAUUUAGAUGUUUAUUAUCAGUAAUCAAUUUCUUUCAUGCGAGAGCCUCCCACUUAUUAAUUUAGUGCCAAAUGCGAAUUUAUACUUUUACACCGUCAAAUUUAUGUGAUGUGUCUAAACCAAUAAAUGUUUUACAACUUUUAA